UUCCUUGACUUACCGAUGCAAAACAUGGUCCUCGCAUUCUAGUGACUGGUUUGAGAUGAGACUAAAUAAUGUUCACUCCCAUCAUUUGCUUCCAUUUUUAGACAGGAUUAAAAAAUCGCCGCAAAAGAAACGCAACAGUUGGGUUCAGUCCAAAGAGGAGUCACCUGAGGUGGGGGGGAAGCGAGCGGAGCACCCGCGACUACGCCUACCACAUGAAAGCCUGAAGUCUUGCAUAAAGUGAGGUUGCAGCGAGUGAGAGAGAGAGAGAGAGAGAGAGAGAGCUACCCCGCCAGCCCAGCACACGAGUGCCCGCCGCUGCCCCGGGACCCGCCUCGCCUCACAGCCCCUCUCCCCAGUUUCAAUGCCUCCCAGUCGCUUUACAAGCAACGAGUCGCCCCCAGUGCGCUGAGCUGUGGAAACUGCAGGAGGAUUCCUUUUUAUGCUGUUUUUCUCGCUGGAAGGAGCCGGAGGUUGUAUUGGUACGGACGCCCUGACUUUAAUCAAAGCCCUGGAGGUGACAUUCCACCGCAAGAGCUCCCUGGCCUCCGGGCGGAGAGGCGGAGGGCCAGGCUUGGGGCCUGUGGCAGUGCCCAAGGAGGAAUGGGCUCUUUCCGCAAACCCAGGCCUCGCUUUCUGAGCUCCCCCGUGCUCAGCGACUUGCCUCGGUUCCAUGCAGCCAGGCAGGCGGCACUGCUGGGCUCCAACAAGGCCUGGAACAGUGUGCAUAAAGCCGUGAUCAAAGUGUUCCAAGGAGGAAGUUUGCAAGAUAAUGAAUUGUACUCUCUGAAUGAAAACAUACGACAGCUGCUGAAGAGUGAGCUGGGCCCUUUCAUUACGGACUAUUUCCAGAACCAUCUUCUUUCGAAAGGCCUGAUUUUGAUGGAAGAAAAGAUGCGGGUGUGUGAAGGUGAAAAUAUUUUGGAAGUUUUAACGAGAAUUUGGGAUAAUUUCUUCACUGAAAUCCUACCCAUGCUGCAGGCCAUUUUUCACCCCGUACAGGGGCAAGAACUAAACAUUCGUCAGAUGGCUUUGCUUGGAUUCCGAGAUCUAGUACUGCUGAAGGCUAAUCUGGAGCAGGUGCUACACCAACAUCAUGCUGACAUGCCUCCAUCCAUCACACAGAUGUUACUCGUGCUUCAGGGUGCUCAUGAGCCUAAAGGACCAACUGAGGAAUACAUUCAGCUGGAGCGUUUGGUAGAGUUGGCGGUCUCCCCGUAUCUGGGCUUGUAUGGAUUUCUCCCCAGGGACAGGAACACCACGAACCCUGUCUACUUUCUUGAUCGAAGAUUUGCAAGUUCAAGAUCAAAGGCAGUUGAUUCAUUAAGCGAUGGUUCUGAUGUAACUGCAUCGAAUGAGACUGUGCUGACUCCUUUAAUUGAGCAGGAGGGCGAGACUUACUUAGAGAGAUGUGGGAGCAUACGACGUCACACAGUGGCCAAUGCACCCACUGAGCUCCAGCUCUUGGCUAUGAGUUCCAUGCUGCACCCCGGGAUGAGAGAAGGGCCGGACUCUGAAGACAAAUGUCUACUGAUGCAGCCCAGCCUUAACCACAGACACUACUCCAGUGAGCUCAACGUCCAGGAAGCUGAGUCGGAGUUCAUGGCUGUCUCGCUGGAGGAGGCUCCGGACAUGAAGUGUACAGCACUUGGCUAGAUCACAAGGUCAUUGUUUGGUUAAGGCACUUCAUUAGCAUUCGUGGAAAGAAAUAAUUCCAUGAUCUGCCUGAAUCCCAUUAUAGGAUUAAUUUACGAGCUGUCCCUCACUAAGCAAGUCUAAUUCAAGCUGGUCAUGUAUACAGAAUUGCUCGUGUAGCCCAAGCCUUUACUGUAACAACUGAAUAUACCUCAGAACAGAAAACUAACCGAUCCAGCAGAAAUGAUGAAAGAGUACGCUAUUGAGUCGGGACACUCUGUAAUGGAUGCCCUGGUAAAACUGAUGUUUAGCAAAGAAGCAACCUGGCACCAGUAUGUUUGCACUAAAGUUAAGAUUGAGAGAAGUCCUUGACUUUAAAACCCUAGAUUGCACUAUGAUGGCAGCAUUGAUUAUCUACUGGACUGCCCUUCUCCUGUCUCUCUAUAAACCACUGGUUCAUGGCAGAGAAUUGUCCCGAAAUGCCAUCAGUUCAUUUCACUGCCAGUCUGCCUUUUAUAGAGACAUUGCUGAAGUAAUUUUCAACUGGUCUUUCAAAGCAAAGUUAGCUGCAACAUUUUCAGAUAAAGAUUUUCACUGC